CGCGAACUGGUUUCUAUCAUUCUCAUUGGGUAAAGUACCCGCACUAAGGCUGCGGUUGCGUCAUAGGGGACCGCCUGGAAGGGGUCAUUUCCCCAAAAUUUUCCAAUCCGGCUUCAGGACAAUCGCAGUGUGCUUGUGUUGGAUCACCACGCUACCAAGGCGGGUUGUGUUUAUUUAGCUACUGCUUCACCUCCCUUCGCAAGCGUUGCUCCUCCUUGAAGAAACUCCCAGCCCAACUUCCAACCAAACGUUAUCCUCCGCUCCGUCUCCAGUUGUCGUCAGCAACUCCAACCGCCACCAUUACCGAGAAUCGAUAAGCACCGACCGAACGCGCGUUAGGGCCCCCCGACGACGACUUCCGAUUCCUUGGAUUCCGUCUCAAGAUACAUCGCCCUAGCUCAGGCUUGCAAUCACUCACGCCUUCAGCCUGGCUAUGGGUCUCUUUGGCAUGGCGGCGAGCUAUCUCGCCUUUUCCGUCCUGCAUUUCUUCCAAUUUGUUCUGGCUGUGACCGCCUGUGGCCUAUACGCCGUCGAUCUCAAUCAUGCCAGAAGCGAGGGAAGCUAUAUUGACGGAAAAUGGGUUUUCGCGGUCGUAGUUGGCGCUCUCUCCGCGGUUACGGCCUUGAUAUACUUCAUCCCCUUCAUCCUGCGAUUCGCCAUCGUCUGGGUUUGGGAUGCCGUUCUAUUCAUUCUGUGGAUCGCCGUCUUUGGUCUCUUUGGUAGUAUGUACAUCAAGGAGAAUGCCGAGGGCGACAACGGGAUCCAGCGGAUGAAGAACGCCGUCUGGGUGGAUUUGGCCAACGCUCUUCUCUGGCUUGUCAGUGCCCUGGCAACGGCCGCCUAUUGGUGGAGACACCGCGAGCGCCGCACUCGAUUCACUGGCCGAGGAAAGGUUUAGAUGGAGAGAGAUCCGUGUUCCAUGAAGGUAGCUCUUCUAGGAAUCACGAUCUGUCAUCCGGCCGGACACUAGAGCAUUCCAAUAUUAUACAGUAACGGCGUUGCUACUAGAGAGGUCUUUUUCUUUUUUCCUUGCUUCGAAAUCGAUACCAAAAUCUUGUCGGGGUUUGGUUUCUAUUCUAUUAUGGUCCAUUUCCUCCCUCAUUGCCCCCUCCACAACUCUUCCUAUAAUGCAAUAUCUUUAGAUCAAUGGAAUCCUUCAUGCCACGCAGUCUCAAACAACUGGAGUGGCACAUUUCGUAAUG